GCUAAGGAGAGAGCUCAUAAGGUAGCAGGUGUGAGGAGGUAUUAGCAAGUCAGUAGGAGGCUGUUUUCUUCUUUCCCCAUCCCCAUUCCUUCUCUUGUAUGCUUUGGACAAAAGGUGCCUGGUGAGGGGGGCCUUAAUGAAUGAAGAAAACGAGAAGACUGGGGAAUGCCUGUGAUGUUUCUGCUGCGGAGGAAACUUCUUGGUUAAACCAUUGUACCAGUCAUUUAGUGGCUUAAGGGAAAUAUGUGGAAAUGAAAAGAUUUUAAAUCCUGCUCUUCAAAUCUAGAGCCCUAGGAGAGACGUGAAGAGAGAGGACAAGUUGUGCUGUGUUGGAACGUGCUGUUCAAGGGACACUUUAGAAAGCAGACUACUAAACCGCAAAGCUGGGUCUCCUUGGCGAGAUGAGUUUGGCACUGGAGGUGUGUCAGGAAGGCUCCGAAACUCUGCUGCACGGGGAAUUUGGGGCCUAUCCCUCCAAAGGGACCCGGUAUGCCCUCAGCCUCACAUGGACAGAAUUGCACAUCCAGCGUCUGGUGCCCAAGCCGGACUCAGAUCACCGGAUGGUGGUGCGCCUGGUAGAUGUGGUCGGGUGUCAUACACUGCGCAGUCAUACGCUUGCUGACCAGUCAGCUUACUUCUGCAUCUAUACCUACCCGCUGAAAAAACGGAAAGUGGCAGUGGGCUCUGGCCGGGUACGGCAACGAGCUGCGAGGACCUUUCAGGUUGAUGACAUGGAAUGUUAUGCAGAUAACCAAGAGAUAGCAGAGAAAUGGGCAGCUGCCAUCAAAUGCCUGGUACUGGGGAUUCCCAUCUCGAGCAAGACAGAGAUCACUCGCAGUCUCCUGCCGCGACCCCGCCGCCUACUGCUUUUGCUAAACCCUUUUGGAGGAAAGGGAAACGCCCUGCAAUGGUGUCAGACCCACAUCUUACCCAUGAUCACUGAGGCCGACGUCAGCUUCAACUUGAUCCAGACAGAGAGACAGAACCAUGCCCGGGAGUUGGUGCAGAGCAUCAACUUAGCAGAGUGGGAUGGCAUCGUGGCCAUUUCGGGAGAUGGGCUUCUUUACGAGGUUAUUAAUGGUUUGAUGGAACGGCCAGACUGGGAGGAAGCUAUUAAAAUGCCCAUUGGGAUUCUCCCCUGUGGGUCUGGAAAUGCACUGGCUGGAUCCAUUAAUUGCUGUGCUGGGUUUGAGCAAGUCAUGGGUCAGGAGCUGCUUACCAACUGCACUCUUCUGCUCUGCCAUGGGGCAGUCACCCCCUUGGACUUGGUGUCCGUCACAACCUCUUCGGGCUCCCGUUCCUUCUCCUUCUUAAGCGUGGCCUGGGGCUUCAUCUCUGACGUGGACAUCGAGAGCGAGAAGUAUCGGCACAUGGGCUCAGCCCGUUUCACCAUGGGAACAAUGAUACGCCUAGCAUCCCUCAGCACGUACCGAGGCAGGCUCUCCUACCUGCCUGCUCCAGAUGCUGUGGCUCACCGGCCCAUCUUGCGUAGUAUCACCAUGACAGCCAAUGGGAGCCUCCCCUUCCAACGCAUGCCCCUCCACCGCACAGUCUCUGACAUGGGACUCUGUGAGAAACGUCAUGCCUUCCCCUUCCAGGGGGUGGAGCCCACUGAUGAGUCCGCCCCCUCGCCCAACUCCCCACCACCUUCUUCUGGCUUCCAGCCUUCCAGCUUCAACUUCGAGACCUUGCCCGAGGACUUGGUAGCCGAUGGCCAGGGACCAAGGCUGGCAAAUCCAACAGUAGCUGCGCCCCGUGUAUCUUCUGCCCGGCGUGUGCAUGGUCCCCCGGAUAACUUCCUGACCCCACUGGACCAGCCGGUGCCCAAGUCGUGGGUGACAUUGGAGGACGAUUUUGUGUUGAUGUUGGCAAUCUACCAGACUCACUUGGGUGCCGAUUUGUUCACUGCACCCUUUGCCUGCUUUAACGACGGCCUCAUCCACCUCUGCUACGUCAAAGCAGGCAUCUCCCGGGCUGCUCUGAUUCGCCUCUUCUUGGCCAUGGAGAAAGGCACUCACUUUGAACAGGAAUGCCCCUACCUCGUCCACGUACCUGUCCGCGCCUUCCGCCUGGAACCCCUCACCCGCAAGGGCAUCCUCACCAUUGAUGGUGAGAGGGUGGAAUAUGGCCCCAUUCAGGGACAAAUCCAUCAUAGUAUGGCCAACCUAAUCACUGGUAUCCACCAGGUUAAAAUUACUACUUUUUGAUGCAGGUUCCCGCCAUCUCAUUUCCAUGGGCACAUAACAGAUCUGGUCUGACUUGUAUUCUUAUCUUCUGCCACAUUGCUGCAAGAGGGAAGGAGUGUGGUGGGAGAGGUGGUGUUGGAGAGAAGAGCCUCCUAAUGUGCAAUAUACCUUUCAGGCACCAGAGGGAGAACUUCAGGGCCACUCUCUACCUUUCUGGGCCUUUGAGUAUGCAUGGCAGAUACCUCCUUACUGAGCCUAUGAUAACAGUUCUUGAUCCAUCCGCCCCCUUUUUCUCUCUCCUACAAUCUUCUACUGCUGUCUAAGGUGUGAUGUGACCCAGUGGCCUACGGCAGGCAAGUGAGAGCCUCUUCUUCCAGUGCAUGCCCUUUCACUGACCUUACCUGCAUUGCAUAAGCCUAAUUUUGCAAGCCUGGCCUGCAUUUUCCCUGAAAAGGACUCAGUUUAACUACAGGGAAGGUUUGUGUGAGUUGGGUGGAUUGGAGAUGUGAAGUCCUUCCCUACCUUUCCCCCCUGCUCACCCCAACCUCCGUGCUGCUUCUCUGCACAUUCCUUCUGGUAGUACACAAUUCCCACUUUUCAACCUAUUGUAAUGUUUUUUUGCACCUCUGCAUUAGCCCUUCUCACCAGUGAUGGGCAGCAGGCUUAAAACACUUCUCUCCCCUGACCAGCUGUGGUUCAAUACCAUUCCUUUGCCCCUAAGAAACAUGAACGUAUGGGCCAGUAACAGUACAGGAGCUCAAGCCUCUGGAAUCUGUAAUCUUUCCGCUACUUCUACAACAUUCCUGUUCUGCUCCCCGUGCUUGGAGGGUCACCCCCUGCUACGCUGCAUGCCCUUCUUGCCCAAGAGGCUGCCCUCAAAUCCUGCCUUGGUUCCCAUUUGACAAGGAUGGGAACAGAAAGCAAAGCGACAUAAUGUCUUGGUUAAUCCAUCAUUUGCAAGGAAGGAAACCCCCCCCCACCUCUAAAUGAAAGGACCAAGACCUGAAGUGGACAUACAAGGUCAUCCCUGCCCCCUCCCCCAUCAUCUGAAACUACUCAUUUGCCUCCCUUUUCUGCUGUUAACAUAUGAGAUCCCAGUUGUUUCACCAUGGAGAUCCACCUUCUUUCUGGAGUUGUGUUGGGUUCUACUGCCCUUCUUUCUAAAGGGGGUCGUCGCCAAGGGUAUUUGGAGGAAAGAGGAGGGCUAACUUCUCUGCAACCUGCUAAGGCCGUCUUGAGGUGUUGCUAUAGGGGGUGAGGUUCACUCCACCCACGCCCGGAAGCUGAUCUUUGCUUUUUUCUUUCUUUCUGGGAAUACACUGGAUGAAUGUAACUAGAUAUUGCUUGUGCGAUAGGGUAUGAAGGGUUUAAUUUUAACAGGCUGGUUAUUUUCUUUCCCCCCCACCAUGUGGGGAUUAACAAGCAAUUAAAAUGAUCUAAUAUUGUAAUAGAUGUGUGCGCGUGACUAAGAAAUGUUGCUUUCUGUACACGUUAUUUGUUCAACAUGAAGAUCGGCUUGGCAAGCUGUCUCAUCUCUAGUGUGAAAGUGGUAGAACCCGUCUGCCAGCAGUUGGCAAGUAGAUAGACCGGCCAAUUCACAUCAGAGCAUAACAGCCCAUGGCUAAAACAUUCCCCCUCUUUAUUCACUAGCUGCCACCAAUUUGGUGAAACAUGGAGAGAGAGAGAGAGAGAGAGAGAGAGAGAGAGAGAGUGAGUGAGAGAGAGAGAGAGAGAGAGAGUAAGAGUUAAGAACUGGACCGCUGUCUCUGACCAAAGGCCAGAAUUUUGCAGCAGUGACCAGCCAGCAGUUGACUUACUGUGUCCUGGGGACAGAGAGACUACUUCUGAAGCUGGGGGUUCCAUUUUUAAUUAUCAUGACAAGUAUUUAUAUGAAUAGCCAGUAAUAAGAUUUGUCAUUUAUGAAUGUCUGUAGUUUGUCUUUUUUUUUCCUUAAAAAAAAAAGUCACUGGGUAAUUGAGGCCAGGACAGCUAAUCUCUAAUUGCCAGGGAAUCAGUUAGGGUCCAAAGUCUACAUUUUUUAUCCCAGAAAAUGAUAGAAGAGUCAUGUCUGUAAGGACAAUGUCAUUUGACCAGUGAACUAUGGUUUGCUACUACUUGACCUCACAAGGUCUUAAUGAUUCCUGCUAGAAAUUUAACAAAUCCUUGGCGUUCUUGAUUGCUAUUUCAAGGUCCCCCCCCACUGUGAAUGCAGCUACUGCAGAGCAAAAUUUAUGUACUACGAUGCAAAGUAAAGCAGUCCUGUGAGACUGACAUAUUGCAAUAAAGUUCAAAGACCAGGACAUUGUUUGAUAAGCACAGUUAUGACAUGAAUGAUGUGACUGGAACACCCUUCCUAGCCCUUCCCAUGGUGCUUCCCUCCACUACAGAAUGGAGGAUUGCUUUCCUGUCUAGGAAAGAAUUCCCUAUGGCUGUUGCAACAGAGUAUCAUCUGGAAGGGCCUGAAAGGAAUUAUGGAAAUAAACAGCAGAUUUCUGGGAUUUGUUCCAGUUAAUGUGAGGUGAAAGUAUUGCUGUGCAAAGCAGUAGGUAUGACACCAAUAUUCUCUUUUUGUUUGUCGGCACUUGGUCAAGCAAACUAGUUAUGUCCUCUUCGUUCCCCCAUCUCAUGCUGUUUGCUUUGGGCAUGAUCGAAUCCACAUGUAAGAAGAGCUGGUUCCCCCCCAGCCAAGGUAUGGUGCCCCCCUGGCACUUUAUAGAUCUGUUUAGGCAGGCAGAAAUAGGGGUGGGGACUGUUCAGCGCCCUGUAGGUCACAACCCACGGCUGGCACAUGACUUCAUACAAACACCAGUUUGGGAUUCUCACUUCCCACACUGUGUGGCAAAGAUUCCAGAUGGGUAGUCGUGUUACGUGUGGCAGCAAAAUAAAACAAGCUUGUACAGUGGCACCUUAAAAACUGGUAAGCUUUCCAGCUGAAGCUUCCGCAGGUCAGCGCUCACUUCACCAGAUGCAAGACAAAGUGAGCACUGAUCUGUGAAGCUUACGCUGAAAUUAUUGUUGCUAGUCUUUAAGGUGUGACAGGACACUCCCGUUUUAUUUUCCUGUUAUCUCUCUGCUCUCGCCUUUAGAUUUACAUAUUUGUGGUAAACAUCACAGGCUGUGUUCUAGGAAGUGUCCUUGUUCUGCAUUUGUUGUUUGUUGCAGUUUUUCAAAAGGCAUUUUUGUAGCACUAUUUCAGAUUUGUACAGUCUAACUUCUAUGACUGUAGC